AUGGCCGAUAUGAUCAGUAAUUUUCCCGAUGAUAUCCUUCUAUACAUUUUAUCUUUUCUUCCAACCAAACAAGUUGUUGUAACCAGUAUUCUCUGCAAACGCUGGAAUCUUCUAUGGCGUUCAGUUCCCUCUUUCGAUUUCCACUAUGAUGACCUCUUUGAUUAUGACCAAGAAUUUGAUGACGACACUCAUUUUCUUAAGUUGGUGGACUCUUUUUUGCUUUGUCGUGAUACUGACCAACCCAUCCAUAGAUUUCGCCUCAAUUUUUCCCCUAACUUUUAUCAUCCUACAAAUAUCGUGCCUUGGGUCAAGGCUGCAAUCAAUGGUAGAGUUCAACAUAUGGACUUUCAUCUGUACUCGUUGAAUGUGUUGCCAUCUGUGGUGUUUAGCUGCAAAACUCUUGUAGUUCUCAAAUUGGCAUUUUUGAUAGUGGAAAAUAUUCACCUUUUUCAGUUGCCCUCACUUAAAAUUUUGCAUUUGAAUUAUGUUAAUUACUUACACUCAGAAGUUAUAGCUAUAGAUCUUUCAAAGCUUUUUUCUGGGAGUCCUAAUCUUGAGGACUUGGUAGUCAAAUAUACAUAUAUCUGUCAUGAGAGUAAGUUCAACAGAUUGCCCAAGUUGGUCAGAGCCAACAUCGAUGCGUUAGUUCCAACGGAAAUUGUUAAGAAUGUUGAAUUGAACAAUUUGCAGUAUACUGCGGAAUGGCCGCUUGAGGUCUUGGAAAUACUCAAGCAUUGUCCAAAGCUUCAAACUCUCGCUGUUUACAUUUAUAAUAAGGACCAUAUUUAUUCAUCUGAUGAAAGCCAUGAGGGAGAAGUAUGGCCAUACUCACAACCUGUUCCUCAAUGCAUUUCGUUAUACCUUAAAACCUGUAGGCUUGUAAAUUACAAGGGUACUAUAGAUGAGUUUCAGUUUGCAAGAUCUAUUAUGCAGAAUGCAAAGUAUUUAAGGACCAUGAAAAUAUGCGCGGACAUUGAUGCUAAUGAUGAGGAAAAACUUGAUAUGAUAAGAGAUUUAUCCUCAUGCGAGAAGACCUCAAAUUCUUUUACACUUUCAUUUGAAUAG